GUGCAGCUCAUCGAUUUGUCAUUGUCAGGUGGUGUGUUUGGAAUUUUUUGCAUUGCCGGAGUCGCGUGAGAAAUUCUCGAAAAGGAAUCGUGCGUGUGCCAAGCAAUUGGCUGUGUCUUUUUCUGUUGAAAGGGUUUAAUAAACGGCUUCAAAAUUAAUUACACAAAGUACCACAACGCCAUGAGUUUAUCGGCGGCGAUCUCGAAGGUUGACACAAAACAUUAGAAAUGUCACAGUGAUUUGCUCACAAAGCCCCCUUUACACUCUUAUUUUAGCGAAUUUGUGUGGUAUUUCCCACUGUAGAUAGAUAUUGCAAGUUGCUAUGGCAAGCAUCAGUUGUAAAUUGCCGAUACUCUACUCAUACUGGCGUAGCUCCUGCUCCUGGCGUGUCCGGAUAGCUCUCAAUCUCAAGGAGAUUCCCUACGAUAUAAAGCCCAUCAGCCUGAUCAAGGCGGGCGGAGAGCAACACUGCAAUGAAUACAGGGAGGUGAAUGCUAUGGAACAAGUUCCAGCACUCCAGAUAGAUGGACACACGCUGAUUGAGUCGCUGUCGAUAAUGCACUAUCUGGAGGAAACUCGUCCGCAGAGACCACUUCUGCCUCAGGAUGUUCACAAGAGGGCGAAGGUGCGCGAGAUUUGUGAGGUGGUGGCGUCGGGCAUUCAGCCGCUGCAGAAUCUCGUCGUGCUGAUCCAUGUUGGCGAGGAGAAGAAGAAGGAAUGGGCACAACACUGGAUCACUCGUGGCUUCCGGGCCAUCGAGAAGCUGCUCUCGACGUCUGCUGGGAAGUUCUGCGUAGGUGAUGAGAUCACGAUGGCAGAUUGCUGUUUGGUACCUCAAGUCUUCAAUGCUAGACGAUUCCAUGUGGAUCUUAGACCUUAUCCCAUCAUUUUGCGCAUCGAUCGCGAAUUGGAGAGUCAUCCGGCUUUUAGGGCUGCUCAUCCAUCCAAUCAACCCGAUUGUCCUCCGGAGGCCGCCAAAUAAAUCCACACACGCACGCACCAAACAAAUUCAGGUUCAAAAUGACACUCAAACUAUUCUCUGUUUUUGUCUCUUUGCCAACAGAGUUUUUUUCUGCGCACUCUAAUGCGAUCAGAGUUGAUAAAAGACAUUCUAGGGUGGUGUUCUGAGAGUUGCCAUCAUGAUUUAUUGCCAGCCUUCUUUUUUUUACAUCUUCCAUUGAGACUAUAUUUUGUAAAAGUAAUAUUUUGACGGUGAUUCGCUGAACUAUUUUCAGACUGUAUGAUUGCAUUUUCUCAUGAUGAAUAUUGUACAAUUUCGACGUGGUAUUUUAGAAAUACCGUAAGAUUCACUUUUAUGAACAUUUGUGCGGAGAUUUUUUGCAUUUCUCGUUGGCUUUUCAAAGAGAAACAGAGAAUAAAUCUUGAGCAUUUAAAUGAUUCUUUUCCCAUUUAGAUUUUGAAUAAAAAGUGACAUAUUUUAAGAAGAAGAAAAAAAAAAGAAUUAAAACUACAAAAAAUUGCAGAAGAUAAGAAAGAAAACGAAGUAAUUAGUAGUAAAUAGAUUUAUAAGACAAAAAGAACAAAUAUUUAGCAUAUAUUUUCGAUACCAGAUUACCAUAAAGAUGAAGAAAAACAAAACAGAUAUACAGUGAAGGCAUCAAUGCUUGUGUUUUUUUGCUACUCCGAAAAGUCACUUUUCGAAGAUUAAAGAAUUUAUUGGAUUCUCGUAUGUAAUUUGUGUAGAAGAGUCUAACUUGGUAAUUUAAUUAGGAAGGAAACUAAUAUUACGUUUUAAUCUCAUUAAAAAAUUAUGCGCUAUUUUUUUUCAACAAACUUCCAAACGCUGAAAAAUCAGAAGGAACAAACACGACAGUGGAAAAUUUUUAAUAUGGUUACCGGAGUGUAAGUGUUAGGAAACUGUAUUAUAAAAAGUAUAAUAUUUGCUAAUGAGUACGAUGCAAAGUGAAAUUCCUCUUCAAGAGAGGAUGAUUUUUUUAUUUUUGUGAGACUAACUUUUGAGGAUAACUUGUAAGUGUAUUUCAGGAAGGAGGAAAAAUUAUUUCUUAAGAUUCAACAUUUUCUGGUCAAAAGAGUCAUUUUUUUUAAUCAUUUGUGCAUUCUUGCAAAUCGUUCAAAGGCUUUUUGAAUAUCUAUUCUUCAAGGCAAUCUGAAUUGCAGUUGUGAGAAUGAAUUUUUAUUGGCACUAGUCUUUUAUUCAAGAUGCUAUAUUAAGAUUUCUAUUAUAUAUUACUUACAAUUUGUGCCAUACGUUUUCUUGUCAGUUUUUUUGUCUCGAUAAUUUCACUAAAUACCAAAUAAUGUCUAGGUAGUUUUAAUAAAUAAUUUGCUUCUAGAUUUUUUGAUUUUCGAAACUGCAUUUUAUUGAUGAAUUCGCAUUCCAAGCUUUUUAACAAUCAAUGGUGAAAAGAAGGUGAAAAACACGAAAAACGAUGGUAUAUUUUAUCUAAUAUUGAGUGUUUCUGUUUGAUAAGAUCAAUAUAUUUGUCACGAUAAAGAGUAAUAUUGAUGAUAAUACUGAUAAGGAAUAAAAAGUGUGUAAUUAA